GGGAGCGGGGCGGGGAGAUGGAUAAACUGACCAUCAUCUCAGGAUGUCUCUUUCUGGCCGCCGAUAUCUUCGCCAUCGCCAGCAUCGCCAACCCGGACUGGAUCAACACCGGGGAGUCCGCGGGAGCACUCACUGUGGGCCUUGUGCGACAGUGUCAGACAAUCCAUGGACGAGACCGGACGUGCAUCCCACCUCGGCUUCCCCCAGAGUGGGUCACCACACUGUUUUUUAUCAUCAUGGGAAUCAUUUCAUUGACUGUCACAUGUGGUUUGCUGGUGGCUUCCCACUGGCGAAGAGAAGCUACAAAAUAUGCUCGAUGGAUAGCCUUCACUGGAAUGAUCCUUUUCUGUAUGGCUGCCCUAAUAUUUCCAAUAGGAUUUUACAUCAAUGAAGUCGGAGGUCAACCUUAUAAAUUACCCAACAACACAGUAGUUGGGUCAUCAUACGUACUUUUUGUCUUAUCAAUUUUCUUUACUAUAGUAGGACUUCUAUUUGCUGGCAAAGUUUGUUUACCAGGCUGAUGAAUGUCUAAUUUGCUCAACUCUUUUAUUAUUUUUAAUUUUAUUUUAUUUUUUUAUUUUUGGAGGGGAGAGGACAAAGGCAAGGCAUCUGAGCAGUCCUCUCAUAGGAAGAUGCUUAGAUGAAACUGAUGCCGAAAAGGAAAAAAAAAAUGCUUUGAUUUGUUCUCACUAUGCACUUUGGAUUUAAAAACAAAACAAACAAACAAACAAACAAAUAAGGAGAGCCUUUUCCAUAACCAAAUACAGACAAUAUUGACUAAAUCUCCUGAGCAUAUUCAGGCAGUCAGGUCUGCACUGUGAUAGCAACCUAGUGAAGGAGAAUGCUUUAUAAUGAAAAGCAUGUGGCCCUUUGUGACUCUGUUGUUCCGUUUUUAAUGUCUAACGAUUAAUUGAGGAAAAAAAACAAAC